AUGCUGGACUUGGACGAGUUCCAGCUGAAGCUCAACGAGAACAAACAACAACGGGACAAGGAGAACCACCAUUGGAAGUGUAGCCACAGCCGUUCUAGAACCCGGGACCAGAAGCACAGGAACCGGAGCCGAGAUCAUCUUAACCAGGAUGAGCACAGUGCCUACCGAGACAGACGAAGGCAAAGCAAACCUUUGACCAGAGGCGAUAAAGAGGAGCAUGGUGGAUUGAUUCAUCCCCCUCACCAUGAGAAGAAGAAGAAGAAGAAGGUGCGUAAAUACUGGGACGUGCCACCACCUGGCUUUGAGCACAUCACCCCAAUGCAGUACAAGGCCAUGCAAGCUGCGGGUCAGAUUCCAGCCACUGCCCUUCUCCCCACUAUGACUCCUGAUGGUCUGGCUGUGAUCCCAACGCCCGUGCCUGUUGUUGGGAGUCAGAUGACCAGACAGGCCAGACGCCUCUACGUGGGCAGCAUUCCAUUUGGCAUCACUGAGGAAGCUAUGAUGGACUUCUUCAAUGCCCAGAUGUGCUUCUGCGGAUUGACUCAGGCCCCUGGCAACCCAGUCUUGGCUGUGCAGAUCAAUCAAGACAAGAAUUUUGCCUUUUUGGAGUUCCGCUCAGUGGAUGAAACGACCCAGGCCAUGGCCUUGGAUGGCAUCAUCUUCCAGGGCCAGUCACUGAAGAUUCGAAGGCCUCAUGACUAUCAGCCACUGCCUGGCAUGUCAGAGAACCCCUCUGUUUAUGUGCCUGGCAUUGUAUCCAGUGUAGUUCCAGACUCUGCGCACAAACUGUUCAUCGGGGGCUUGUCCAACUACCUGAAUGAUGACCAGGUGAAAGAACUGCUGACAUCCUUUGGGCCUCUGAAGGCCUUCAACUUGGUCAAGGAUAGUGCCACAGGGCUCUCCAAGGGUUAUGCCUUCUGUGAGUACGUGGACAUCAGCGUCACAGAUCAGGCCAUUGCGGGGCUGCAUGGGAUGCAACUAGGGGACAAGAAGCUGCUUGUCCAGAGGGCGAGUGUGGGAGCCAAGAAUGCCACGCUGAGUACCAUCAAUCAGACAACUGUAACCCUUCAAGUGCCCGGCCUGAUGGGCUCUCAGGUGCAGAUGGGCGGUCACCCGACUGAGGUCCUCUGCCUCAUGAACAUGGUGCUGCCUGAAGAGCUGUUGGACGAUGAGGAGUACGAGGAGAUUGUGGAGGACGUGCGAGAUGAGUGCAGCAAAUACGGGCUGGUCAAGUCCAUCGAGAUUCCCCGGCCCGUGGACGGCGUCGAGGUGCCUGGCUGUGGAAAGAUCUUUGUGGAGUUCACCUCUGUGUUAGACUGCCAGAAAGCCAUGCAGGGCCUAACUGGCCGCCAGUUCGCCAACAGAGUGGUGGUCACAAAAUACUGUGACCCUGACUCUUACCACUGCCGGGACUUCUGGUAG